AUGGAUCAAAAUACCCAAAAUGCUCCGACCGACUCAGUUGACAUGGCUGAAAAGAAAUCAACUGCUCAAACUAACGCAGUCAUCAAUGGCCAAAAAGAAGUCAACUGCUCACCACUAUGGAAUUACCCCCCAAAAAAGUCAACCUCACCAGCCUUACUUCCUCUUCCAGCAGAAAUGAUCAGGAUGAUAGCAGAAUUGCUUCCGGACAGUUACGCAGCCUGUCUUACUCUCAGUAGCCGCGUUUAUUUGGCGGCGAAGCGACAUCGAUCCGGCAUCGAUCUUGGAUUUCCUCUCGAGGCUUUCCGACACCAAGAAGUUACACAUCAUCAGUCCACGAAUACAACAACUUUACCGUCCGUUGAUGCCCGGUUUGUUUCCAAUGAGCUUCGGUUGCGAUCUCAAACCUGGGAUUUUCUCCCUCGGAGCCAAAAUGACGCAACCAUUGAGGAUAUAGCUUAUGGUGGAAUAUCGGAUAGAGUCUGUAAUCAUUCAAAACGACGUUCACUGGAAUUCGUGGUGUCAAAUUUUGUGGGAAGUAACUCUUCCCUUGCACGAACAGUGCAAUGCCACUAUUGUUGGAUGGACUUUGGAAUGCGUCGAAAACACUGUGGAGUGUCAGGAACUGCGAUCAUAAUUACAAGAUGGAUCAAUCUUGGAGCUGGUCUAGACCCCAAUGAUCUCAGUAUCCGAGAAGCUUUCGAAGAUCAGGAAGGAUUGUCAGAGGAAGAGUUUACUUCUGGUAAUUAUGAGAAAUUGUUAUCGGAGAUGGAAAAGAAAGCCUCGAAUUAA